AUGCCCGCGAACGACUUGAAUUCAGCCAUUUCGAUGUUUGAGAUGAAUGCCGGCACCCCCGGCGCGGGCGCGGCUGUGGCACCCUGCAGCGCGCCCGUUGCCGCCUACCACAUGGGCGUGACCCCUGCGGAGCAGCACGAGGCAUUGCAGAGCAGCUCAUCUACGUCCUCCUCAGACUCCUCCAUUCUUCUGGGCGAGCUGGUCUUUGAGAAGUUUGCAUGCGCAGACAACCUGGAUCACGAGGCCCUGGCGAAGCUGGAGCGCUCGAUGCCUAUGUUCUCGGAGUCGAAGAGCUCCACAGAUUUGGACUCUGCGGUCGAGAACUUUUUUGGAUCCAGCUCCGACUCCACCCCGCUGUUCGAGUUCGAGGGUCUCGGCAAGACGGCGGACCCUAAGACCUGGUCGUCGCUCUUUGAUGACGACAUACCGGUGACGCUGGAAGACGUUGGUGCUGUGGAGCCUAUUAGUGCGGCCGCAGGUACCGAGUCCUGUUUUCUGCCGACCCCGAUCAUUGAAGAUGCCGUUUUGAAGCCUCCGAAGCGCUCUCUUACGAAACGUGAUGCCGAUUCGGUACCGGCGAGCAAGAGUGCCUCUCCUGUGUCUAUAUCUUCGAACAUCUCUUCGCCUGCUCUGAAUGGUUGCACCUCUGCAUCCGCAACUUCCAGGAGAAGAAGCUCAGUUAUGAAGUCCGAGAAGUACGACCAUCUAGGUGUCAUUACGUACAACCGCAAGCAGCGUGCUACACCAUUGACUCCUGUUGUUCCGGAGUCCGAUGAUCCAGUAGCGUUGAAGCGUGCUCGCAAUACGGAAGCGGCAAGACGGUCGAGAGCUCGGAAGCUUGAAAGAAUGAACCAGCUUGAGGAACGCGUCGAGCAGCUGCUCCAGAAAAACUCCGAACUAGAGGCUGAAGUCGCAAGAUUGAGGUCCCUAGUACCUAGUUCAGAGCAGCCCAAGUACACAUCUCGGGCAGGGAACUAA